AUUCACAUGUAAUCAUGAAUAUUCAUGAGGUUUGCUGAAAAGUUCAAUUCACCGUCAAUCCCAUAUAGCGAUUGCACCGCAGUGCAUGAUAGACGACUGGAAAGGCCGGCUUGGUGAAAACGAUAAGGAAAGGCGUUGAUAUCUCCUGAAAAUCAAUUGUUAUGUAAUCUAAACCACAGAAAUGGAUGACAAGUACCACCGAGCCGCAAAAGAUGGCUACUUGGACAUUCUACGAAUAGCCACAAAGAAAGACCUGAACACAUCCGAUGAGGAUGGCAUGACGCCUACCUUGUACGCGGCAGCCUUUGGGAAUCUAGAAGCACUGAGAAUGAUCGUAGGAAGAAGUGGCGAUCCAGAUAAAUGUGACUUGCAGGGUUUUACUGCUCUUCACCAUGCAGCAAAAUACGGCCACAUGAACACAGUCUCAUUUCUUGCGAACUUCGGUUGCAAUCUUUGGGCACUUGACAAUGACUAUCACUCGGCAAUGGAUAUCGCCAUGUUGGAAGACAAAACGGAUAUAAUUGCAUUCCUGGACGAUGCGCAGUCGAAACAUCAGCAAAAAAAUCCCAAAGUCGUUCAACAAAUGCGUGAAAAGGCAACCAGAGAUGCUGAACAGAAUAUCAAGAGAAUGGAAAGAAGACAGAAAGAGGCAGCAAAGUAUGCAGAAAAGGAGCAGCGCAAAAUGCAGGAACAUAUGGAUCCCGAUUUCAAACCUCCAAGCAAAAACCCGUUCAAAACUUUAACAAUGAGACUAAAACCGAAAAAGAAAUAUCCCAGUGCCAACGUUGGGACCACCACGUUUUCGCAAAUUGUGCAGCCUGGUAGGCGAGGAGUAGGCGGUGCACAAAAAAAGAUCUUGCAGAAGCAAGGUACUCAAGAUAUUGGGCCAUCAGGUGAUUUUAAGAUAAGUGAAAAUGUUGAUGGUAAGCGAACUUUGCGUUCCAUAAAAGGAACAGCGGGUGUGCGAAUGGGUUCUGACAUCAUGUACGUGACGAAUCGCGAGACUGAGACCGGUAUCAGAAAGCCAUUGUCCAAUGUGUUUCCGGGCGUGAACGGUGUGUCGAUGAACAGCACAAAAUGGAAAAGUGAGUCUGAUUUGCUUGAUUCGGGAGUAGACAGUAAUGGUUCAGUUGGAUACGAAGAAGAUGAAGAAAAACCAGGCAUUUUUUCUCGACCAAACUUCGGGAAAAUUGCUUUUUUAUCGAGAGUUGGAGUUACUGGAGCUUUGAAUGCAAUGGGUCGCUCUGCUUCAGCUGAUUUCUUGGAUCAAAGUUUUGACGACGAGGUAAACGGAACAAAAUCAUAUCGCGAUAGUGGAAGCUCUGAUAGUCUCGGACAAAAUGACAUCAUGACGGAUGGUCAAAAUGUGCCUUGGAACCCAGAUGAAGUGUGUUCUGACGAUGAAGAGGAAGACACCGAGUUCUCAGAUUUAAUCCGGUUUCUGGCGUCUUGUGAGUUAAGCCCUUACAUUCAUUUAUUCACAGAUCAAGAUGUAGACUUGAAAUCUUUAAUGACAUUGGCUGAAGAAGAUCUUGAACAGCUGGGAUUGAAACUUGGACCAAGGCGAAAGAUACAGAAAGCAAUUAAAGUCAGGAAAGAACUACUGUCCACACCAUCGGCAAUAAAAGACUCCUUCCUGUGAACAAUAUUUUCUAUUUGGAUUACAAUUACUGCUGCAGAUGAAAAAAUAAUAUGUCCAACGUACACGAUUUUAAGUUUUCAAAUGUAAUUCUGUAAUCAGAUUUUGAUACAUUUCUCUGCAUUUAAAGGCGUUGAACGUUUUGAAUGAACAUGUUAAGCAUUUCUGUAUCAUUGCAUUUGUGACACAUCAAGGAAAGGUGUAUUUUAUUUAUAUAUCCAGAGUGAAAAUAAUUAAACAGCAAUCAUAGUAAUAA